AUGUUUCGAGAUGACUAUGAAAGUCAUUUGUAUGCUGUGAAAGAUAAAUCAUCCAAGAACAAACUUCUCUCAAAAACUCUCUAUCAACUCGCCCGAGCUGCUUUGAGUACUUCAGUUCCUUUCAAUAACGCCAUUGUUGAUGAUGAAUUAAAUUCAUACCGUGAUGAGUCUGAUCUCACCAUUUCCGUACAUUUUCGGGAUCAAAAGGAACCCACUCUGUAUCAUACCCAUGCAUGGAUCAUGCUUGCUAGGUGGCCACUCUUGCUCGAAUAUGCUCUCAUUAAUUUAGAGAGACCUCUCCAACGGUGUGAAGUUAUUUCAAUUGCAGAGAAUGAUGUCAUCCUUGCAAGUCUUACAACCAAUAAGGAAAUUGAAAAGUAUUAUUGCUCCAUGAAUGACAAAAUCAUGCUACAAUCUGAGUUUCGGAAUGAAAUUAAAAAGUUGAAGGAGAAGAUUGCAAUUUCAAAAGAGAGGCUCAACAGACAGAGAAAUAGUGCCGUCGUAUACGCAAAUCGAAUGGAAGCUCUAGAAAAUAUUUUGAAACAAUAUUGUGGAGAAUUGAAAGGUGAAAAAUUAUCAAUUCAUAAUACGACCUCAUCUCUAUCUGUUAUUCGACACAUUGACUUGGGUCCAUUGACUUUUGAUAAGAAUGUAUUUGAUGAUUUCAUUUACUUUUUAUACACGAGUAAGCUAGUGAAUGUGGAAGAGAAUUUUAAAAAACGUAAUAUUAAGGAGAUGAUUAUUGGAGAAGAGGUGGAGUAUUUGAAUGAGUUAUUAUGCUUAGCUGAAACUUUGGGAGUGGCGAACAUGCUAACUAUUUUGCAGUACAAGGAUGUGACAACCUUCACCCCUUACAACACAGUUUCAGUUUCAGACCAAAGUCAUAUAAAAACGGUGUUGAGUGAUGAGCUUGCAAGUUCGUUAGCCUCGUGUGUGUUUUUAGAAAAUGACCAACCAGUCAGACAAUUGGAUAAGUUAAAGAAAUCACUGUGUGACCUACGAAUCAAACAAGGAGUUCCAGAUUUUGACGAAAAUCAAGAAGUGACUGAAUUUUCAGAAUUUCCAGAGCUGAGUGAGGACGGAAUUUUGUGUCACAAAUCAUUUGUGAUGAAAAUGUGUCCAUAUGUGGAUGUUUUGAUCAACUCUAAUUUCAUUGAAGCUGAAGAGAUUCGAGAAAUGGAAGCUAGAAAUGAAAUAGCAACUGUCGAAAUUCAAUGCUCAAGCUUUGAAACUCUUGAGGAUAUUUUCCGUUAUCUUUAUUCAGGUCAUAUUACAAUUUCAAAGAGUAAUGUGUUUGAGCUGAUUGCUCAAUCUCAACGACUUGGCAUUGACAACUUGCAAGAGAGAAGUGGACAACAGCUGAAAAACAUGGAAUUUUUUGAUUUUGAAUUAAUUGAAUGUGUUUCAAUGUGCAUGUCAUUGGGAAUUGAUGAUGCCAAGAAAACAUUUGAGGAUCAAUUGUUGAACCACAUGAAAGGUUUGGUCAGAGAACGAUUAAUGACCAUGAGAGAAUUCGAGAAAUGUUUAGAAAAAUGUGGUUACGAUAAAAACUGGAUUGAAAAACAAACUAGAAACGUUAGAUACUAG